ACAGUGACGAGCGAGAGGGGCUGGUGAGUCUAGAGUAGGGAUCAGGGCACUGAUGUGACAGAGCCAUCGGCUGGGCAGCUGUAUCCGGUGGAGCCAGGAAGCCUUCCUGGAAGAGAGGACAUAGCUUUCGGGAAAGUCUCGGCUCGCGUGGAGGCUCCCCAAGGGAUCCUGGUGGCCCUGGCUUCUGACCUGGGGCUUUACCUGGUGCGGGCAUAGGAGCAAGCUCCGGAGGUCUCUGGCCCCUCCCAAGGACCAUGCCGCAGCCCUGCUGACCCAGGAGUAGGGGCCUGAAGGCAGGGCGCCUGGAAUGGGCUGUGUGUUCUGCAAGAAGUCGGAGCCGGGGCUCAAGGAGGAUGUUUGCCUGGAAAGGGACUUCAGGGGCAGUGGGGCUGUGGACCGCUAUGGCCCUGACCCUACUCAGGCCCAGACUGGGUCCUCCUUUGCCCAUAUCCCCAACUACAACUUCCCCACUCAGUCCACCAGCCAUGCCUUCCUUGAUGGAGGCGCCAUCAGGAGCAUCUCAGGGACUGGGGUGACCCUGUUCAUCGCCCUGUAUGACUAUGAGGCCCGGACAGAGGAUGACCUCACCUUCACCAAGGGUGAAAAGUUCCACAUCCUGAACAACACUGAGGGUGACUGGUGGGAAGCCCGGUCUCUCAGCUCUGGACAAACUGGCUACAUUCCCAGCAACUACGUGGCCCCUGUGGACUCCAUCCAGGCCGAAGAGUGGUACUUUGGAAAGAUCGGGAGGAAGGAUGCGGAGAGGCAGCUGCUCUCCCCCGGGAACCCCCGGGGGGCCUUUCUUAUUCGUGAGAGUGAGACUACCAAAGGUGCCUACUCCCUAUCCAUCCGGGAUUGGGACCAGGCCAGAGGUGACCACGUGAAGCAUUACAAAAUCCGCAAGCUGGACACGGGUGGCUACUACAUCACCACUCGGGCCCAGUUCGACUCGGUGCAGGAGCUGGUGCAGCACUACAUUGAGGUGAACGACGGGCUAUGCCACCUGCUCACAGCGGCCUGCACCACCAUGAAGCCGCAGACAAUGGGCCUGGCCAAGGAUGCUUGGGAGAUCAGCCGCAGCUCCAUCGCCCUCGAGCGCCGGCUGGGCACGGGCUGCUUCGGGGACGUGUGGCUGGGCAUGUGGAACGGGAGCACGAAGGUGGCGGUGAAGACCCUGAAGCCGGGAACUAUGUCCCCGAAGGCCUUCCUGGCGGAGGCACAGAUCAUGAAGAUGCUGCGGCACGACAAGCUGGUGCAGCUGUACGCGGUGGUGUCGGAGGAGCCCAUCUACAUCGUGACCGAGUACAUGUGCCACGGUAGCUUGCUGGAGUUCCUCAAGAACCGGGAAGGCCAGGAUUUGACACUGCCCCAGUUGGUGGACAUGGCAGCCCAGGUGGCUGAGGGCAUGGCCUACAUGGAACGCAUGAACUACAUCCACCGAGACCUGAGGGCAGCCAACAUCCUUGUUGGGGAACGGCUGGUGUGCAAGAUCGCUGACUUUGGGCUGGCCCGUCUCAUUGAGGAUGAUGAGUACAACCCACAGCAAGGGGCCAAGUUCCCCAUCAAGUGGACAGCCCCAGAGGCUGCUCUCUUUGGCAGAUUUACCAUCAAGUCAGAUGUGUGGUCCUUUGGGAUCCUGCUCACUGAACUCAUCAGCAAGGGCCGAGUCCCCUACCCAGGCAUGAACAACCGGGAAGUGCUGGAGCAGGUAGAGCACGGCUACCAUAUGCCAUGCCCCCCAGGCUGCCCAGCAUCCCUGUACGAAGCCAUGGAGCAGACGUGGCGUCUGGACCCAGAGGAGAGGCCUACCUUCGAGUACCUGCAGUCCUUCCUUGAGGACUACUUCACCUCCACAGAGCCCCAGUACCAGCCUGGGGAUCAGACAUAACCUGCUUGGGCAUCCACCACCUUUCUGGGGUGCCCACCAAUCCCUUCCAAUCCCCAGGGCUCUGAUCUCAAAGCCCCCAGGAUUAGAACCCCAAUAGGGUCUUAACGUAUCAGAACAAGCAGGUUGCUCUUGACACCAUCUAGGGUAACCCACUCAUUUUAAAGAUGGGGCCAGUCCAGGCUUAGAGAUCAUCCCUCACUCUGGCCCCAAGCACUAUUUCUCCCUUUCCCACUUAGGCUCCUACCUCUAGACUCUCUUCCCACCUCUCCCCCAAAAGAAAUGCUCAGACCUUGCCUAGUUAUUUAUAAAACUGUAUACCCUUUCCCUCCCUUACCUCCUAUCCCUGCUUUUUUACCCUAUCACCCCACCCUGAAUUCACCUCCUACUCAAUUCUCUUGUGUCUGUAAGUUGCAAAGACAGGGAAAGUUUUUGCUGGAUCCAUUUCCUGCCGGGUGGACACUGUGGUCCCGGACUAGGGUCCAAGCCCAGGGUGAGGGAGAGGCUUGCUAAAGGCUCACCGCCUCUCUGAACCAUGUGUGUGUUUAUUGCUUUUUGUAAAUAAGAAAAGUGACAAUAAGAA